AUGCAAGUCCGACAGUAUACACCGGCACACCUGCACGCUAGCAGGCGCCCGACCACCGAGACGAAGGAGGCUGACCAUGACUCGUCCCUCCGUGUUGGACUAGGGGAUGCCUCCUUUGGUGCACCAUGGACUGACAAUGCUGAUUGGACCGCGGCGUGGCAACGCGGUUCCACCAGGGAUCGCAGUGGAGCCGCCGCAGGAGCUACUGGGGAAACCCUCACUGGUGGAGUCGCGCGCACGGUGAGACACCGCCCCUCUCCUCUCCGUGCGGUUGGUUCGAUGGGACUCCCCAGCCUCCUGGCACGGGCGAUACGGGGUACAUACUACUUAUCCUGGGUAUACUGGGUAUACUGGGUAUACUACUGUAUACUUGGCCCCGAGACGUCCCCAUCUCAUCCCCCCUGCCAACCUUCCACUCAGCUAUCCCCCGCCAAACUGAAAGGCAAGGAUCGGCUGAUCAUCCCGGACGAUCAGGUUCCAGGAUGCCGUACUUCAUCCAGACCCUGGAUAGUCACGACGAUCAUCCUGACUCCCCAACCCCGACGGCCCUGGGAUUUGGGAUUUGAAAAAUCCUCUCGCAGCCCCGUGGCGAUGGCCUGCAGCAGAGGCGGUCCUGGUCUUCUCGUGCGUCGGGCCACGCCGCUCACUAGCUGGCCUAAGAGGCUGCGAGAUGCUAAGAAACACUAA